CUCUUGUCACAGAUGACGUUUUAUUUUGACGUUUACAAUUUUUGUUUGGCAUAAACUGUCAAAGGAAGUGGGUGGAAAUAAUUUUUUCUUUUCCACACAUUAAUAGUGAAACUACUGCUAAUUUAACUAUAGAAUGUGCUUUCAUUUCUAGUAUAAAAGGGAGUAACUCAUAAUCCCCGAUCUCCAAAAUGAUUGGAGGGCUGUUUGUGUACAACCACAAAGGGGAGGUUCUUAUCUCAAGAGUCUACAGAGAUGAUAUAGGCAGGAACGCAGUAGAUGCUUUUCGGGUCAAUGUUAUCCAUGCUAGACAACAAGUUAGAUCCCCAGUUACAAAUAUUGCUAGAACCUCAUUUUUCCAUAUUAAGAGGGCCAACAUUUGGAUUGCAGCGGUAACCAAGCAAAAUGUCAAUGCUGCAAUGGUUUUUGAGUUCUUGCUCAAGAUCAUUGACGUUAUGCAGUCCUACUUUGGUAAAAUAUCUGAGGAAAAUAUCAAGAAUAAUUUCGUUUUGAUUUACGAGUUGCUUGAUGAGAUUCUUGAUUUCGGUUACCCCCAGAAUACCGAUACGGGGGUAUUAAAGACUUUUAUUACUCAGCAAGGUAUUAAAUCGGCCACAAAAGAAGAACAGGCCCAGAUAACUUCUCAGGUUACUGGCCAAAUUGGUUGGCGUAGAGAAGGUAUUAAGUAUAGAAGGAAUGAACUUUUCCUGGAUGUUUUGGAGUAUGUUAACCUGUUGAUGUCCCCGCAAGGACAAGUUCUAUCGGCUCAUGUUGCCGGUAAAGUAGUGAUGAAAUCGUAUCUCUCUGGUAUGCCGGAAUGCAAGUUUGGCAUAAACGAUAAAAUUGUCAUGGAGGCUAAAGGAAAGGGAACAUUGGGUUCCACCUCGGACUCCGAUACUACCAGGUCUGGCAAGCCGGUUGUCGUGAUUGACGACUGUCAAUUUCAUCAGUGUGUUAAACUUAGUAAAUUUGAAACUGAACAUUCCAUUAGUUUUAUACCGCCCGAUGGGGAGUUUGAACUUAUGAGGUACCGUACUACCAAAGAUAUAUCGCUACCAUUUCGAGUGAUUCCUUUAGUGCGUGAGGUAGGACGUACCAAAAUGGAGGUCAAAGUGGUGCUGAAAAGUACCUUCAAGUCCUCCCUGCUGGGACAAAAGAUCGAGGUGAAAAUCCCUACGCCCCUUAACACGUCUGGCGUGCAGUUGAUUUGCCUGAAGGGCAAAGCCAAGUAUAAAGCUUCGGAAAACGCGAUCGUCUGGAAAAUAAAACGUAUGGCGGGCAUGAAGGAAACCCAACUGUCCGCGGAAAUCGAGCUCCUGGAAACCGAUACAAAAAAGAAAUGGACUCGUCCGCCGAUUUCCAUGAACUUCGAGGUGCCGUUCGCUCCGUCAGGGUUUAAAGUGCGCUACCUAAAGGUGUUUGAGCCGAAACUGAAUUAUUCCGAUCAUGACGUUAUUAAGUGGGUCCGUUACAUCGGCAGGAGCGGUCUAUACGAGACCAGAUGCUAACUCGAAUAUUUGAUUUUGAAGAAAUUAGACAUGCUUUUAAUGAUAUACCAUAUAUAAAUAAUAUAAUCGUUAGAAGAAUUAGCUAUUAGAGAUGCAUUGGAUAAGUUUGGCCCAUAAUGAACAUUGAAUUAAGUACCCUAGUAAAAAUAAGUUUAAAACUUUUGAAAUAGAUCGUCUUUUAUACAAACAUGUCUUAUAUUUUUGUUAAGUAGUUUAUGUUGCUUUAUCGGACAAAGAUAUUAUUUAUAAUAGGAUUAGAAAAAUGAAUUUCAUAUCAUUUAAAAUGUUUAGUUGAUUUACUCGUCAACAAGGGCCCUGUGUUCGUAUGACACAUUAAAGUUUAGUUUCUAGACCCUUGAAGAACUUAUGUGCAGUGUUAUAUUAAUUAAAAUCAUCAGUGUUUAUAGUGGAAUGGUAAUAAAUAGUUAAACCUUAAA